UUGAUGGGAUGAAUGUUAAAUAGAGUCACAGUAUAAAAGCUUGGGAGUGACGCAUUUCUGUAGCUUCCCACAAGUUACCAAAUCUAAUUUAUUGUUGCUGAAUAGAUACUUAAGGAGAUAUUUAAACUUUUAAAAACCAAAGUGUUUCCUACUGAAGUUUGGUGCAAACAUGCCUCGUCCUUUAUUUCAAAGGAAUGGAUGCUGGGACCCUUUUGAGGAGAGGACGCAAAUUAAUCUUUUUGACCGAAGCACCGUGCUUCCCUGUUUCCUUGAACCCGAUGAGGUUAGCUGGAUCGAAUCAGCCAGGAAGCGACUGGAGGCAUCCACCUGGCCUGAAUCUUUGCGCUUGCCACUCUUUAGCACUUUGCGCAUGGAGAUUUUGCCUACACCAUACGUUGGACCCCAAGGACAGGUUUCUGGUGCCGUGUGUAAACAAGAAGGACAACACAGCUGGAAAAUCUCUCUCAAUGUUAAUCCAUACUCUUCAGAGGAGAUUAGCAUCAAAACCAAGGAGGGAUAUUUGGAGAUAACAGGUAGUCGUGAGGAAAGGCAGGAAAACAACAGAUUGAGCUCCAGAAGCUUUACAAGAAAAUACAAGCUUCCACCUGACUUGGACCUAAAACAGAUGAGCUCCAUGCUGUCUCCAGAUGGGAUUCUCUCAAUAGAGGCCCCAUUACGUGGCUCUAAAGUUGCCCUUCCUGAAGAGACUGUCAUCCCUAUUCACAUGAUGAAACAACCUGCACAAGAAUAACUUAUGGAUUAUGAAGACUUGUUCGCCUGUCUUGUUUUAGAAAUGCCUUUUCUUAACACCAUGAUAACAUUGUAGAUGUAUUUCUAAUGGCUUUACAAGAGAAUAUUAUAUCUGAGGUCAUUGUUCUGAGGAGAGCUCUGCUGUAUUUGUAAAAAAAAGUUGAAACUUUGAAAAAAAUCAAUGUAACUUUGUACAGCACUUCUCAUGUUAUUGCUUCCCUAAGAUUAAUAGUUCUGUUGUUUUCUCCACUUUUCUAAGUUGAUUUGAUAAAAGUGUUGGAUAAAUGUGCAAAUGUAAAUGUUAUUACUUUGGCUGCAAUAUUUUGACCAUUAAACAAUAAAUUAAU